AGCAGUUUCUUCGGCCCAGUGCCCGCUCUGCAAAUGUUCACAUGUCCUUCCACAUACAUGAAUGCCCGGCGGCGCCCUCGCAGCCAGGUAUGCAAGUUUGUCUUCAAUCGGUUUCAUGGCAGGGAGGCAUUAUCGGCCAUGUCCACUCGCACCCCACGGAAAUCAGAUAAUAUGAGUCAAGAUACAGAUGAAUCCGCCACGUCGUCUCGCAAGUUCCAGUACAGGUUGAUUGAAGACGUCGAAGACCUGCACCGAUAUUGCCCCGGUGGCUAUCCUCCUUUACAGGUCGGCGAUAGCUUAGCUGAUGGCCGAUAUCAAGUGGUCGGCAAGCUUGGGUACGGGGGCUACUCGACGAUAUGGCUGGCCCGUGACUGCCAGAAAGCCCGAUAUGUCGCCGUGAAGACCAUUACCGCCGACGCCAGCAGCCACUCCCCUGAAGUUAGGGUGCUACAUUCCCUAGCAAGUGCGGUGUCUCGUCCCGGCAAGGAAGUUUUCUGACCCCUCUUGGACGAAUUCUGGGCUGCGAGUCCCAAUGGACAGCAUCGAUGCAUCGCCACUCCACCGGCACGGAUGAGCUUGUUCGAUGCCAAGGAGGCUUCGGUUUCUGGGGUGUUUCGGCCCCGGGUCGCGCAAUCGAUGAUCGCCCAGCUCAUUCGGGGCGUCUCCUUCCUCCACAGUUUGGGCUUUGUACAUGGCGGUUAGUAUGGUGGUGAUGUCCCUUUCCUCCAUCAGACUCCGCGGGGUGGAUUUGGCUAGAGCUGACUCUCCGUGACCCCCUCUCCCCCUGAAGAUCUGCAUCUAGGUAAUAUUCUUGUUCGGUUUCUCAGGUCCAUUGACGGUAUCUCCACCCCAUCAGAACUGUACGAGAGGUACGGCGAGCCCGAGUGUGAGGAUGUGGUCCGUCUCG